AUGAGCGAACAGCUGAAAUUUCUCGUUGAACAGCUAAACAGGGAGCCUUUUAAGAAAAACUUCAAUCUCAUAACAUUCGACUCUCUGGAGCCGAUGCAGUUGCUGCAGGCUUUAAAUGAUGUUCUGGCUGAAAUCGAUCCAAAGCAAGCCAUUGAUAUACGUGAGGAAAUGCCUGAGCAGACAGCUAAGAGAAUGUUUACUCUUCUGGGGAUGCUGAAAUACAAACCUCCUGGCGGAAUGUCUGAAGCAAGCAGUUUUCGUCAGGGUUUGGUGAUGGGCAGUAAGCCUGUGGUGCACCCCAUCUUGCACUGGCUGUUACAGAGGAUUCCUGAGCUGAAGAAGAGAGCGUACCUGGCCAGGUUCCUCGUCAAACUAGAGAUUCCUGCUGAGUUUCUCCAAGAUGAUAUAAUUGCUGAGACCUACCACCAGUAUGAGGAGCUGGUGGAGGGAUUCAAGAACAUCCACAAAGAGUGUGAACAGCUGAAGAGCUCAGGUUUCUCCACCGCUGAGAUUCGACGGGACAUUGUAGCAAUGGAGGAGGAGAAGGACCAACUCAUAAAAAGGGUGGAGCGGCUUAAAAAGAGGGUGGAAGCGGUGUCAAACCACCAACGCAUGCUGGAACUGGCCAGACAGCUAAGAGUGGAAAAAGAAAGAGAAGAAUCUCUUGCUCAUCAGAAACAGGAGCAAAAAAACCAGCUCUUCCAGGCAGAGCAGAGACUCCAGAGAUGUCAGAUUCAGCUCAAAGACUUGCAGCAAGCUGGUGCAGAUGAAAAGCCAGAGAGCCUCAUGAAGAGACUCGAAGAGGACAUCAAGUUCAACUCCUACAUGGUGUCUGCGAAGCUGCCCAGAGAGCUGGAGAACAUGAGAAAGGUGGUGCAGUAUUUACAGAAGGUGGCGUCUGAGCCUGCUAUGGGCCAAGCAGAACUGAGGGAGCUGGAGGACAAGAUCAGAGAAACCAACACAGAAAUCAACCAACUGAUUGAGAAGAGGAUGAUGCGUAAUGACCCAAUGGAUGAUAAACUCUCUUUGUUCAGACAGCAGGCUGCUAUUAUAGUCCGUAAGAAGGAGGCCAAGGUGGAGGAGCUGCAGGAGGCCCGUGAGGAGUUGGCGGCUGUGGAGAGAGAACUGAACAUGAAGAGCAGUCAGGCACGAGAGCGGGGCGGAGUGGAGCUGAUCCGUGGAGAUGAGUUUAAGCGUUAUGUGGCCAAGAUGCGUGGCAAGAGCAGCGCUUAUAAGAAGAAACGUCAGGAGAUCGCUGAGCUGAAGGUGGAGUACGGUGUUCUACAGAGGACUGAAGAGAUCCUGAGAGAACGACACACAGCUGGACAACAGCAGCUGCAAUCUCUGGAGGCUCAGCAGGGGAUCUCGGGCUACAGCGAUACUCAGGAAGAGCUGGAGAGAGUCUCCGCUAUCAAGAGCGAGCUGGACGAGAUGAAGGGACGAACGCUGGACGACAUGUCUGAAAUGGUAAAGAAGCUGAAUUCAGUGAUAGCACAGAAGAAGUCUGCUCUGUCUCCUCUGAUAAAGGACCUGAGAGCUCUGAGACAGGAACACGCAGAGCUCGCUCCAGAGUAUGAGCAAAAGAAGGCUCAGUAUGACACCUGUGCUGUAGGACUGGAGAGCAACAGGUCCAAGCUUGAACAGGAAGUGAGGGUACUUAGGGAAGAGACGGCACAGGAAGAAAGCCGAUAUCAUCACAUUAACUGCAUGAGAGAGAUUAUUGAGAGUCAAAUGCAGAGAGCGGCAGAUCAGAGUAAGAUCAAUCAGUCAAUGGACUUACAGGUGCGGAGGACAGCUCUCAGAGAGAAAUACAUUGCAAACACAGCAGAGCAGGAGUCCUUGGGCAAGGCUCUACGUCAGCAGGUAAAGCAGGUGCGAGAGAACCAGGAGCCCAAUAUGAGACAGAUGAAGAUGUGGAAGGACCUGGAGACGCUGUUGGAGUGCAAGAAGCAGUGCUACCUCAAGGCUCAGAGUCAGGCACCUAUUGGACACAUCAUCCAGGAUGUUGGCAAGGAUAUGCUGGUUCUGUGAUGCCCUCGUAAAAGUUGACUUUCUGGUCAUUGAUAUAUGAAUUACAUAAAUCAUUGCAUACAUUAUUGUAUAUGUACAAUUGUAUAUAUAUAUUAAUUUGUAUGUUAAAGGAAUAGUUCAAACAUAAAUAAAAAUUUGCUGAAACAUUACUCACCCAGGCCAUCCAAGAAGUAAAUGAUUUUGUUUCUUCAUCUGAACAGAUGCAGAGAAAAUUUGCAUAAUAUCUUAUCUCAUAACUUGCUCACAAACAGUCAAUGGGUGUCGUCAGAAUGAGCAUCCAAACAGCUGAUAAAAAACAUCACAAUAAUCCAAAAAAGAAGUCCAUAAUAACACUUCCUUCAGUGAAAAAGCUCCCUACCUGUUGUCCUCUUACAUCAAAAUCCAGCAACAUGUUUGUUUAAAACUGUUUCAGACCGUUUUAGCUUUGAUCUGUGCAUAUUUCUCUCCAGACAACAUUGCUUUUUCACUGGAGCAAGCAGUAUUAUUGAUUAGAGGACUAGUAUUUUAGUCAGAGACAAUGGAUUGGCGUUAGAAACAUCUUAAUGUUGUAUUUGUUUUAAACAAAUGUGUUAUUGUUUGUAUUUGUAUUUGUAUCUUUCCACUUCACAAGAAGCUAAUUAAUAAACUGGAGUCAUGUGAAUCAUGUGGUUUUUAUCAGCUGUUUGGGCUAUUAUUCUGAUGGCACCCAUUCACUGCAGAUCCAUUGCUGAGAGAAAUUGCUCCAAAUUUGUUCCAAUGAAGAGACCAACUCAUCUAUGCCUUGGAUGGCCUAAGGGUGAGUACAUUUUCAGCAAAUUUCAAUUUUGGGUGAACUAUUCCUUUAAAACUGUAUAUAAAUGCUUUCUGAAGUGAAAAGAACUCCUAUAAUGAGGGUCGUCUGGAUAAGAGGGUUCAAAACUCUGACACACUGACUUCCAACAAGUCCUUAGUCUCAGUUUUGACACGUCUUCAAGAACAGAGCUCCAGUCUAUGUGUCCAAAGAUAAUGCCCUACAAAGUGCUAUACUUUGGAUGCGUCCACGCUCCAGGUUAUUUUGGGAAACAGCAGCCAUGACCUUGGAUAGAAGGGCUGUCCAAUUUAGGAAUUCAGUUGGAUCUCCUUUUGUUGCUCUGUCAGGGUAGUGCUACAGUAGUACAGACUGACCUGUCCAAUCAUCUUGUGCCAGUAACUUAUUUACCAAAUGUUAAUUUUGUUUUUCUGUCUUUUACACUGUAAGGACAAGUGAGAAGACUAGUUCAUUAAAAAUGUGUAUGAAUAAAGUCACACACAUUGUAAAUUAAAGAUGUAUACAAUUAU